AAACUUGCGCUUCCGCUCAUCAAAACCCAUGGAUUCAUCCGAGAAGCUCUAUCGUUGUCGGCGUUGUCCCUACCCACACCAAUAACUCAUCCUCUCCCAGACGUGAACGUGACUGCGCUGUUUGGCCCAGGAGAUGAUGCAUAUAGGAGGCCUGUGCAUGCGUGGCUUGAUGAUGCAAGGCAUAGGAUGAAGGAAGAGGCGACAGAAAAGAUGCGAGGGCUGAAGAGCAACGAAUCAGUGCUGGAGCACCUUCCAGAGGCAUUUGCACUCCUCGCUUCCUCUCCCUUAUUACCUCUACCUCUGCUCCCGGUGGACCCUGCGCCGAUAAUCAAACACGCUGCCCAAGUAUCUAACCAGGCGUGCUGGAUCGCUCGUAGCGAUGCGCGAGAGUCAUCUUGGUACACCCGCCGAGCAACCAUCUCCGCCAUCUACCUCGCCGCUGAACUGCACCAGCUGACUUCCCCAAAAACAGCACCGGUAUUCUUGGAUUCGCUCCUUGAGAAUACUAAGCACGCGGGAAAGGUCUUGGACGAGACGGCUUUGUUUGCGAGUUAUAUUUGGAAGAGCUGGAAAGGGAUCGUAAGGAGUUCUGGAGUGCUGAAUUGA